AUGAGGCCUGCCACACAAGGCUCCUUCUCCGCCGCAGGAGGAGGACGUGGAAAGCCCACUGGGAAAAUAUGUAAAACUAGUUUUGGUGCCCCUGUUCGGUAUGUGCGGCCUACAGCACAGGAGAGGCGUGAACGACUCUACGCGUACCACGCGGCGAAACAAAUUCUUCAAGAGGAUAAUACAGAGUCCAACACCACACCUUUCUCCUCCGUUACUCUUUCUUCUCCUUGCCCAUGUGGAGUCACCGCUAAUACUGCUAAUGCUGCUGUCACUACUUCUUCUACUACCAUGACUAUUGCCACUGGCGCGGCUCCUGAUGGAACGCCCAGUGAUGUCACCCUUGACGCGAGAGAACCUGCAUCCGAAAACGUGGAGGCUGAAACAGUUGCCAGGGAUAAAAAUUUGUCUCCCACGGAUGAUCAACAGCUGCAUCACAAGGACCCAGCGAGUUCCGAGCAGCGGUUGCGCGAGCAGCUUUGCCACCUCGUUGCCCUCUACGAGAAACACUACAGCAAUGUAUCGCGGGAGUGGUGCAAAAGAACGUUUUCGGUGCCUACGCUCUCGCAGCUUGUACCAGAUCCGGACAAUCAGCAGGAGGAGGAGGAGGAGGAGGAGGAGGCGGAAAAAGCCAGUCCCAUGACAAACUCUUUGUUGGGAAGCAAACUGUUAUCGCCCUCAGCUGGGGGUGACAAGAAGGCACGAUAUUUGGAUUUGACGCCUCCUCCUCAGCGCGCGGAAUUGAGUGCGACGGCGACUGAGGCGCCCUCUUUGCAUAAGCUGGGCUUGCCGGAGAUCCUCCGAAAUGACGACGAACGUGUUGACGAAGCGCCCAUUGAUCCACUCACCGUUGAGCAGGAACGCCGUACUCAAUCGGUACGGCGACACAUCCUGAAGACACUUCGACGUUUUGAUUUGGCCUCGCGCCAACCGAGAAAAGAGGGAGGGGAAGCCACAAGGACACGCAGUGCUGCGGACUUCAAAAGUUCGCACCUUGAAGACUUGACAGGCGUCUGUGGGACGCUGCUUGAUACACCGGUGGAAGCAACACCGUACAACCAUGUAAAGCGACUGCUAAAACUUCUUUGGGAGGAGCCCACAUUGCAGAAGUGCACCGAGGCAGCCGCGCGCCUGGUGACUUAUGCCCUUAUGCGCUCUCUCCCUGUGGAGCUAUAUGAGGGGGAUCCGGAGGACUACCGUACGUUACGUCAACGCAGUCGGGUGGCAGCUGCUGUGUCGGGUGGGAAGAAACGAGAGGCGACUGCAGAGGGUGAUUGGAGGACCUUACCUGUACCAACGCUUUCACACCCAACACAACACUCGGGUGGUUCGUGUGAUUUUAGUAGAGUUUUUUCAGAGCCGAAUACAAUGUUGGCGUCAUGCGGAUUGGAAAACGACAUGGAGGAGCGCUACUUCCUCCACCAGGAUUCCAUGUCACUCACGAAGGCGCUACAAAGCGUGGCUCUACAGAAGGGUAUCUGGCUUUCCUCCACUGUCCCCAUGAUGCGGCGUCCCCCUCUGCAUGCCUGUGGGCUUCCGAUGCGUACGGCACGCCACAUCGCAUUGUGGCAACGCCCUCCCGAUUUUAACAAGGACUCUACGCUACGAAGUCGGGAGCGGUUUAUGGAUGGAACGAUCAAUACUACUACUACUACUACUACUACUAGUACUACUACUACUACUACUGCUACGGGAAAUGUCAAGAACAGUUGGAAGUCACACGUAGCGGAAUCUGGAGAGGCGGAUGACUGGCGCCCAAAAACUCUUGCACCCCUUCUUAUCAUCGCCUUUGGCGGUUACCGCGUGGCACCGUUUAGUACUUAUGAGCCCUCAAUGGCAUCGGAUCAAACACUGAACGGGAAGAAGGAUUUUGCCUCGACCUGGGGUCAAGAUAUCAUUGAAGGGAGGAAUGACACGGUUCUAUCUGCAAUGAAUAACUUUAUGCAUCCCGAACCCACGCUGCUGCCGCUGCAGGCUGUUAUGCAAGUCAUUCUUCAGUGUGUGCGCCUAAACCGAUCUAUACGUACGGAAGAAGUCACUGAUGUCUUCCCGCCUGUCAUGUUUGACCUCUUGACGGAUUUGGUUUAUAGCUAUAGGGAUUUUUUUCAAACUAUUCUAUCUUUGUCAUUUGAGCAAGGCUCCUCUCGGUCUUUCUUCGUGCGCACUUACCGUGAGACACUAAUGAGCUGGGCUUCCAUUGUUAUCUGUGAGGCUGCCAUUGGGUACGCGGCGGAGCGGGCCGGACAGGGGCCUUCAAAGGUGCACUGGACGAGUGACAUCAUGCCAGAGAAGUUUACAGUGGAGGAGUUUGAGCGGAUUGUGCUUUCCGGUCUCGUCGAAAGGACCUUUCCAGGCAUGACGCAGUUGGACUACGACGAGCGGCUUUUUUUCCGCACCGUCGACACACUUCGUUCGGUGGUACUUGAAACCAUCGGACGCGUUAAGGGCGAAUUGUAUUUUCUUAUGACGGGCCUGGAUAACCGUAGCGCUGUCCUGGAGCAAUGCCGUGAGCGACUGCGUCAGUUUCGCGCGACGGAAGCGGCUAUGGUGGCGGAGGCGGAGGAGCGCCUACAGGCACGCCUGCAUGGUGGCAGUGGGGACACUGGAAAGUCGGGGAUCGCCACGCAUUCAGGGAUGCACGCAGGGGGGGCCAAUAUGGAGUAUCACACUCCGCCACAGCCUCGCUCGGUUUCCACCAACGAGCGAACAUCCUCCAUGAACUUACGCCAUGGUCGCUCCGGUACGCGUUGCUCAGAGGCUUUUCAGGCUUUUCAAAUCUCUGAAAAGAAUGCUGAUUCAACAAACCUUGCCGGCUGCGAUUGCUUUCAGCCGACACCCGCCUUGAUGCCUUGGAAGCCUGGGUGCAAGUCUCGUACGACCACUCUGUGCAUGCAGGAGGACAGUGCCCUUGGCGAGAGUAAUCUUCCUUUCUUUCAAUCAACAGUGAGGCUCUCACAGGGGCAUACGAUGAGCACUUCACAGGACAUACAGUCAUUUGCUGCAUGCACGCACCCUUCCUUGCUCGCAGCAAAGGAAGCAAGUAUGCUGAAAAAUGAUGCCUCCACCACCGUCCUCUCUGCGUUAGGAAAAACAACAGGGGCGUGUAAGCCGACACGGUUGCAACGAAGUAUGUUAACGGGGUCAUUGUUGCUUCCCGCGCGGACUCUGGGGUCCCAAUCCAAUCGUUCCACGCAACAGCAAAAUACGUUAGCCCUCCCUGAAGACCUGACACUGCGGGCUGUACGACGGGAACUUGUCUCCCUGAAAUUUCGGUCUCAACCAUUGACAGAGAAGGUUGUUCAUUUGCCGCAUGAUUUGUCUCUCGGUUCCUUGUCGCCUGCUCGAACGAGCCGGAUGUUCAACACUGUUGCAACCGGCGACGACACCACAGCCUACGCCCGUGAACGCAGCCUGCGUCUCACUGCAGGGAGUGUUGGUGGGAGGGUGGCGGCCCCAGUAACGUUGCUGCCUCCACCCACUUACUCAGCUGCUGCCGGACCCGAGGCGGCAUGGGUGCAGUCCAAAGACGACAACGAAACACUUUCCAGUAUUGUUGGCCCCAAGCAGGCGGCAUCCGUUGCGCGAAUGCUCCGGGCCUGUGAGAACACGGCCCAGUUUUACCUACAUUUUCAGAACGCAUUGAACGACGACGGAGGUGGCACGCGGCGGAACCGACCGGAGACGCAGUGGUACGCCACGGGAAGCACAGGCUUCUACGAGCGUCGCGCAGUUGCGGUGAUUAAACGCGCGCGUCAGGUCGCGGCGUUUGACUUGCACCACCUUUCGCCCAUCACGGCUUUGGAGAGGUGUGUGCAGUGGCCUUCUUACACUGCUCCGCCACGCCACGCUGGUGACGCAGAUGAAGAGGCGUGGUCGGGGGAACAGGGAGGAGGCCGGCGAUGGUGCCCCUCAUCCUCACGUUUACCGUCCCCACCGCCACCACCGUCACCGACUUUGCAGGUGCACGAUGACCAGCACCAGGGAUUUGUUUCUCUCAAAUCAAAAAAGCUGCAUUUGGGAAAGACGAUUGUGCCGUGGACGUUGUAG